AUGUGGCAACAAGAGGUCCGUUGGAUGCGGCACGUGGUACACGCGAAGGACCGGGAGCUUCGUCUAGACCGAUGGUUACGGUACCAGUUUCCGUCGCUAUCACAGAGUUUUCUGCAGACGCAGCUACGUAAACGCAAAAUCCGACUGCAAUUUUCUUCAUCAAGUGACCAAAAAUCUCGAGCCAAUUCGCUGCUAUUUGAAGACUCGGUCGUGUCCAUUGAUGUACAUUUGUUUCGAUCCAAGAUGGAAUCAGUUGCACGGAAGACACAGCAAGUGACAAGGCAGGAAGAGACACUGAUGACGAUGGAAGACAAGACGAAAGUGAGGCACUUGAAACAGCGUCUUUUGUAUCAGGACAAGCAAUUUGUGAUACUAAAUAAGCCUUACGGACUUGCAGUGCAGGGCGGCUCGGGGUUGAUAGAGUCGUUGGAUCGGUACUUGCCGUCCAUUGCAGCAUCGUUAACAGGCAGGCACUAUCAGUCACAACACAAUGAGGAUGAGCAUCGGACGCUGAAGUUAGUGCAUCGACUCGAUAUGGACACGUCGGGGGUACUGGUGUUGGCGCGCUCCAGACUCGCGGCCGCGAAGUUCUCGAAGCUACUGCAAAAUGGUGAUGUGCACAAGACGUAUCAAGCGCUGGUAGCAGCAUCCUCAUUUGCAGAUAACAGCUAUACGAGCUUGAAGAAGUUUGAGGGACGGGAGAUCAAGCUCCCGGUGGACGGCAAGUCGGCGUGCACGUUUGUGAGGCGAGUACUGCGGCAAAGUGAUCAGACAGAGCCUAUCGGGACAUGGCUGCAGCUCCAGCCUCGUACCGGACGCAAGCACCAGCUCCGAGUGCACUGCGCACAAGUGCUAGAUACACCGAUUGUCGGGGACGCCAAGUACGGUGGGCGUCCUGCCGAUCGACUGUAUUUGCACGCAUCGCGCAUUCGAUUCCCUGACCCGUUCAGUACUGGGAGGUUUUGUGGGGGUGCGACAAGGUGUCGAUAUCUUCUACAAUGCAUAUUCGGCGUUGAACAGAGUUAUUGUACGUGA